AUGGACAUUUCGGAGAAGCAACUAACGGUGGUCCUGGCCCUUCCGGCUGGGGGAGAGGCCGAGUCCUCGCAGCAGUUUAUUCACGACGAACACUCGUUGGGGUUCUGGCCGGCCAUGCGACGGCACUGGCCGGCGGUGGCGUGGGCGGCGUUUAUGAACUUGGCAACUAUCCUCAAAGGCAUUGAUGGUGGCAUUGUCAAAGGCCUGGUUGGUCUCGACGUCUUCAAGGAAACCUACGGCUACCAUUACCAGGGGCGGCCCAUUCUGGCGGCCCAGUGGCUCUCGGCAUUUAACUACGCCAAUCUGUUGGGGGCCAUCGUGGGGGCGCUCUGCUCGGGCAUUGCCUACGACCGCUUUGGUCCGCGGGUGAUGAUCGCCGGGUGUUCGUGCCUGUCCAUCGGCUUCAUCUUCGUGCAGUUCUUCAGCCACACGCCGGCCCAGCUGUUCGUGGGCGAGCUGAUCAAUGGCUGCGUCAUUGCGUUCUAUCCCAUCUGUGCGUCUGCCUACGUGGGGGAGGUGACCCCAGUGGCCCUCCGCGGCUUUGCUGCCACCAUGACCAACCUGGCCUUUUCCAUCGGCUCUCUGAUCGCAUCGGGCAUUCUGAAAGGCACUGCCGCGAUGGAUAGCACCCUGUCGUAUCAGAUCCCCAUUGCCACGCAGUGGGCUCUGCCAUGCAUCAUGCUGGCGCUCAUCUUCUUCUGUCCCGAUCCACCCUACUGGUUAUGUCGCAAAGGGCGUCACGACGCAGCACUGGUGUCGCUGCAACGUCUCGCCACUCCCGCCGUAGAUGUAUCCCGCCAGCUCGCCCAUAUCCAGGAGACCUUGCAUCUGGAGGACAGCUUCCACGACGGUCGACCCCCGUACCGGGAGUGUCUCCGCGGACCGAACCGCCGUCGCCUCAUCAUCUGUGUGAUGGUCUACAACAUGCAGGCGUUUGCGGGAAAUGUCUUCUUCAUCAACUAUGCCGUGCAUUUUAUGGAGCUGGCGGGGUUGGACUCGUCGCAUGCAUUCUCGAUGAACCUGGGGCUGACCGGAUUGGGACUGCUCGGGACGUGUCUCUCGUGGCUGCUGCUGCCGUACGUGGGUCGUCGGUCGAUGUAUCUCUUGGGCUGCUCGGUAUUGGCGGUGGUGCUUUGCCUCAUCGGAGUCUUAGACGUUGUCCCGCAGACUGCAAGAACGGUGUGGGGCCAAUGCGGGCUCAUGCUGGCAUGCACGUUGGUGUACGACCUCACGCUGGGCCCGAUUUGUUAUGUACUGUUGGCGGAGGUCUCCUCGGCGCGACUGCGGGGGUUGACCAUUGCGUUGGCGACGGUGAGCUGCUACAUCUGGUCGGUGGUCUUCGCGGUGGCGAUCCCGUACGCGAUGAACGAGGACGAGGGGAAUUGGCGGGGCAAACUCGGAUUUCUCUUCGCCGGGACGAGUGCGCUGUGCGCGGGCUAUUGUUUCUGGUGGUUGCCCGAAACCCAGGGGAGGACCUUUGAGGAGCUGGACGUGUUGUUUGAAAGGGGCAUCCCCAGUCGACAAUUCCGAAAUUGUGUGGUUGAAAUCGGUUGA